UCUGUUAUAUAUUAUUCGCUUAUUGUAAUUUAUUUUGUCGAAUUUAUCUUACAUAUUAUACGAUUAAGAUCAUCCGCUGGGGAAGAAGAAGAGCAUUAAUGGAGAUGUCUGUUUUCGUGCUUUUGACUUUAAUCUUCUCUAGUUGCUCUAUAACAGGAGUUCAUUCAUCGGCGAAUUUCACAUUCGCAAACAGGUGCGACUUCACCGUCUGGCCGGGGAUAUUAACGACUAAGCGAUCCGAUAACCGAACGGGGAUUCAUUCGACUGGAUUCACUCUGCAGAGCGGUGAAUCGGAGAUCGUCAGCGCGUUUGGGUCGUGGGCAGGUCGAAUUUGGGGAAGAACAGGCUGCAGGGAGGACUCAAAUGGAAGUUUCCACUGCGUCACCGGCGAUUGCGGAACGGGGAAGAUGGAAUGCGCCGGGAAUCGCAACGUCCCCACCGUUACCCUUGCGGAAUUCAAUCUCAACGCAAUCAACGGAAUGGAUUUGUACGACGUCAGUCUUGUCUUCGGGUACAACCUCCCGAUACUGGUGGCGCCGCUCGCCGGCUCCGGCGCCGAUUGUAGAACCACGGAGUGCGUGCGCGAUGUUAACAGAGCUUGUCCGGUGGAGAUGCGAGUGACCGGAAGCAAUGGCGAAGCAAUCGCCUGUAAGAGCGCCUGCCAGGCGUUCCUGGUGGAGCAGUACUGCUGCAAUUUAUCUUCUCCGAGUGAAUGCAAGCCCACAGAAUACUCGCGGGUGUUCAAGAGGGAGUGUCCGCAAGCUUACAGCUACGUCUUCGAUUCCGACUAUCCUACGUAUACGUGUACAGGGGCUAAUUAUAACAUAACAUUCUGCCCUUCAGGAAGUCCCAAACUGCCUCUAACCCCAGGAUCUUCUCCUCCAUUUUUUACCCCGGGAUCUUCACCUCCAUCUUCAGGUAAAGGAAUGAAAAGGGAUGCAAUAAUCAUCCUUGUUGUGGUAUUCUCAGUUGUGCUGAUCGUGUUCGUCAUUGUACUGAUCAUUGUGCGGAAAAUUAAACAAGUAAGAAGGGAUAAACAAUUACGCGAACUUCUGACGCUAGAAGGUUAUGAAGAAAGGGAAGCCAAGAAUCAAGAUCUUAGAUUUUUUACUUACGAAUCUAUCCUCUCUGCUACUAAUAGUUUUUCCAUGGAAAAUAAAUUGGGAGAGGGAGGUUUUGGAUCUGUCUAUAAGGGAAUAACUUCAUCAGGCCAAGACAUAGCAGUAAAGCUUCUCUCGCAACAAUCGGGGCAAGGAUUGCUCGAGUUUAAAACCGAGCUGAUACUCAUUUCCAAACUGCAGCAUGUGAACCUGGUUAAGUUACAUGGAUUGUGCAUACAUGGAAACAACAAAAUGAUCAUUUACGAUUACAUGCCCAACAGAAGUCUCGAUUUCUUUCUCUUCAGUUCUACAAUGAGCGAACAAUUAAGCUGGCAACAAAGGUUCAGCAUCGUCGAGGGCAUCGCUCAGGGGCUGCUCUACCUUCACAAAUACUCCCGCCUUAGGAUUAUCCACCGAGACUUGAAAGCAAGCAACGUAUUGCUCGAUGAAAAGAUGAACGCCAAGAUUUCUGAUUUUGGGCUGGCAAGAGUCUUUGAACAAAACAUAGAUGAAGCUAAUACAAAUAGGCGCGUCGGGACAUAUGGUUAUAUGGCUCCUGAGUAUGCGAUGCAGGGCAUAAUCUCCGUCAAAUCUGACGUAUACAGCUUCGGAGUGUUGGUACUUGAAAUUGUGAGUGGCCGGAAAAACAAUAGCUUCCACCAAAUCGAAGGCCCCCUAAGCCUCGUCGAAUAUGCCUGGGAGGUUUGGAGAAAAGAUUGUGCACUAGAACUCAUGGAUCCAGUUUUGAAGGAUUCUUGUGUUACCAACCAACUUCAAAGAUGCAUUCAUAUUGCACUUCUAUGUGUCGAAAAUCGAGUAGCAGAUCGACCUACUUCUGAAGAUGUAGUCAUGAUGUUGAAGAGCGAAACGACGAAUUUGCCUAUUCCAAAGAAUCCGUCAUUCGUAGCGAGAAACAAUGUGUUCGGAGAAGUCAAGAAGAGCACGACGGAUACGACGUCGUCGAUCAAUGAAGUCACCCUGUCUGAGAGGUUUGGCUUCAAACACCGAUCCAUCGAUGCCAAUAAAGUCGUAGCUACUUCUCGUGUUCAAGUCGAAUUCUACAGAACGCCCUUCAAGCUUGACGACAUUCAUUUCUCGUGCCUCCACAUUGUAACUCGACUCCGGCGCCUUUCCACUCUCAAGUUCCGAGCCAUUCCGGCCAUCUCCAUUAAUGGUCUGCAUAAAACUUGACAGCGCCAAGUUGAAGUCCGAUAACCGAGCUUUCGUCGAUUCGAGGCUUUCAGACUGAUUCCCGCCGGCUGAAAGGCUGCACUGAGCAUUUUCGAGUAUCGCCUGAAGAUACUUGCCUUGCGCUUCAGUCCUUAUUUGAAGCUUCUUUUGUACCUGGUACGAGAAAUC